UUCCUGAUUCAAUUGCUCAUUUCUCUGCGCACGUUAUUUGUGCCCUGCUCCGCUCACCUCGCGCUGAGGUUUUGCUCUCGAGGAUGGUCUAUAUAGCUGCGAUAGUGAAAGAAACACUCCGCCUGCAUCCUCCCGCGGGUACAGGGAGGUUCGUCCCGCAAGGUACAGGGUUCAACGUGACCCUUCCCGACGGACAGACUCUCUGUCUUGACGGGAUGAUCUUGCAUAAUUGCGAGACAACCAUCCAGCGCGAUGAGAAUGUGUACGGGCCGUCAAAGGACGCAUUUGUGCCGGAGAGGUGGCUGGAGAAUAUAAACUCCAAGCAACCCAGUGAUGAUGCUGGCUCUAUUCCAGCCUCGGCAUGGCGGCCAUUCGAGCGCGGUCCGCGCAACUGUAUUGGGCAGGAGUUGGCGAAUAUAGAGGCGAGGGUUGUUCAUGCGUGUACGAUGCGGAGGUUUGGUUUUGUGAAGGUUGGGCUUGGGGCCGUUGCGUGAGAUAGCGCUGGGCAGUGUGUGAUAGACGAGUUUGGGCAGUAUGUGGUUGAAGAGGAGUUGUUCAAUGUGAGUCUCACUAUACGUCUCUU